AUGGAGGGGGAAGGGAGUUCUAUUUUAAGGAUCCUGGGCCUCGCCACCUUCAAUCUCGCCAACGACGGCGUGGCGCUGAUCUUCUGGGUAACGGGAUGGAAGCUUUUCACGAUAGCGUUCGAGGCUGUGACGACAGGAGGUCCAUCACGCGACACACCAAGUGACUCCCUUCGACGAAUUCUCCAUGAGGAGGCUGGAAUGGAGACCGAUCUUGCAGAGGUAACAGCACAGGGCCUGGCCCUCCACAUCGGCAUGGCUGAGGACUUCCUCACCGAAUUCCUUCGCCUGAGGACGAUGCCCAUCACCAUCGGCUGCGCCGCCAACAUCGCCAACACGAUCGACGCCUUCAUGUACCACAUCGAGAUGGCCAAGGCUGUGCUCACAGACCUCACCUACACGCGCGGCACUGCCCCAAUGAAGGCCAUCGUCGCGCGGUACGAAACUAUUUUGUACAACCUUGAAAAGGAGAUGCGCGAGCAGAGGCUGGAUUACUUUCAGGAGAUAUGCGAUAGGAGGGAAGAGAAAGAGAGGGAUUGA